UAUCUGGAAAGUGAGGUAACCUUGAACUUGACUAGCGUAUUGGUUUGUUUGCGAUUGGUACACCGGGCUGAAAGGCUGAAAGGCUGAAAGGCUGAAAGUUGACCGUUUGGGACUUGUCCAAGUCUGGGAGUGUCAGGAGUGUCACAUUUCGUGAGUUUUCUCGUUUACGGCAGUCGGGACUGGUCGGUACCUCGACAAGUCUCGCUUGCGCGAUCCUCCGUACUUCUCAUCUCUUCAGUCUCAUUAUUUCAUUAAUAAUCGAUAGCUGAUAAUCAUAUCAAUUAACAAUGGAUCCGGCCGUUUUCCCGGAGGAGAUAUGGAUCAAAAUAUUACUCUACUGCGAUGUACCUGACAUAAUAGCCUUCGGUAGUACAUGCAAAUAUUUGAGAAAAACAUCGGACACCGAUUAUCUCUGGAAAAUGAAAUGGCUCCAGUUAAUAUCCAAAGUGCAGUUUCGCUUCCCGGACAUAAAGUGUCUCCAAUUGCUGAGUGUCAGCUUCAAGUCCAUGUGUUAUCGUCUUCACAUGGUGAUAACUCUUGGUGAGAAUCCACCAUUUCCAAAAUGUUACUACUGCAGUGGUUACACCUGUCAACGCAACUGCGUGGAAGGAUCCAGUGCUAAAGUUGUGAUAGAAAUUGGCAACAAAUACACAUGGGUGAUAACACCUAAUUUUGGUCUCCGAAGGCACUUUUCUCUCUUUGGUAUCCCCAAGUGUGACAGUAAAACUCACACGACGUAUCAGCCUCCGGUGGAGAAAGUGCCAAGUGUCAGUGGUACAAGUCGAGUGAAGUCUGAUUAUAAAUCAAUAGCAAGAAAAUUGAAAUCCCUCAAAUUAUCCGAAUUAACAACGACAAAAGGGCCUUGUACAUACAAACCAAGUGGUCCAUUCUGUGUUUUCUGCAAUUCUGUUAAGCUGUACAGAGAAAAGAGGAGAUUGGCUGCACAUCCGUUGGAAUCGAUGUGCUAUGCAAAGGCAAAUCCACUUUAUCAAAAACUUGUCAAUGGGUAUUGCACAGAUACUGUUGAAGUACUUGGAAUACCAAAUGUCGAUGUCGUGAGUCCAGCGGAGGCACUUCUCAGUGAGGGAUCAUUUCCAGUUCUCAAGACAUUCGUUGAUCAUUUAUUUCAUCAAAUGGGAUUGACUGCAACGCUGAGAAAACCCAGUGCUGUUUUGAUAUUCUGUGAACCCCUGGCGAUGCAUCCUGUUCUCAGGAAACAGCUGCUGCAUUAUUUGUUUCAAGAAGUCAAGGUUGCCAGAGUGUGUUUGGUACCUAAACCUCUGGCUGCGUGUGCUAUGUUGGAUGUUGAGACCUGUGUGGUGGUGGACAGUGGAGCACUGAGCACAACUGUUGCUGUUAUUAUUGGAGGAAGAGUAAUGCCCCACCGAUGGAAGUUGCUGCCUGUUGGAGGCUGGCAUGUGGCCUAUCAUUUAAAACAGGCCAUGCACUGGCAGCCCAAAGAGUAUCACCAGAUACCGAUCUCUCAUCUGGACACGAUGGCUGUUAAGGAACGCUGUCGGUUGAGUUAUAAUAUCGAAAAUGAAGAGAUGAAGAGAGGACCUGUCAAGCGCCAGCAUAUCAAUCUCAGAGUGGACAGCUAUGCGGAUUAUAAACAAUUCUGGAAGGUUUCUCUUGGCCCAGAGCUCUAUAUUGCUCCGGAAAUGAUGUACAUCAGUCUAGGUCUUCCUCAGAUAAUCAAAGACGUAACAGCAGGACUCAGUGAAGAUCUUAUGCACGAUUGUCUCUCGCAUAUUCUACUGACCGGUGGCAAUACCGAUUUGUCUGGCUUUGCACUCAGAUUGCGAAAAGAUCUCCGUGAAGUAUUGCCCGAGUAUGAAUCAAUACUUGAAGUACGAAGUUGUCCGGGUACACACAGUUGGAACGUUGCCAUGGGAUCUACGUAUGUGCCACUGGCCGUUCAUCCCGACAAAACGCCACCGGAAUAUAUCGAGGGCAAUCCUUUUUGGUUGUCUAGGGAGGAAUAUGUUCUUUUCGGAUGUCAGUCCCUGGAGUAAAUAAUUUGGAGAACCCAAAAUUAUCCAGUCGGCAUUCUCAUGGGAGGAAAUGAAAGUUGAGGAGAAUCAUCUUCUGGUCUUUACUACAUGAUUAUAGAAUUGAGAGAGAUUAAAUUAGGACAGGAAUUGAUGUUAAGACUUGGUCGUCCUGCGAUUUUGCGAAUAAUAUCGUUGCAAUUAUGAAAUACACAUAUAGUUUAUCCAACAUAUUGUCUCUAAAACAUAUUUAUGAGUUGGAUCAGACAGGUUGAUAUAGACUUUAUAUGGCUAGUACCAGGUAUUCAUGACGAAACGUUAGGGACGAGAAUGAAUUACUCGCAGCUUUUCGCACUGAGUUAAUUGGCGAGAGGCACAUUUUUAGAGAAUUUUUAAUUAUAUUUAUUGAGGUAAUUUAUUGAAAGUAGUAGUUGACGAUAAUAUUAAAUAUUGCCGAAAUUCAUUUCCUUUGGAAAUUUAUAUACAAAGUAAUGUUAAAGAAAACAAGUGAUAUGAGGCGAUGAGAGCUUCCAGCUUUAUAAAUUAAAUUAAAUGAAAAUUACGAGAUCGUUAGAGGAGAGAAGUAAUAGAAUUGUCAUGCUAGGGGAUAAUUUAUGUAGACGUUUCUCCGAGCCCGGUAAAUAAUGCAUGAAAAAUUUCAAUUUCCCAUUUAUCUCAGAAAUGAAAAUCGUUCUCUGUAUGUAAAUAGUUCAUUCAAAUCUCACUUAGUCUAUGUAAAUAACGAUUGUAUUUUAACUUCAAUGGGAUUUCAAGACAUUGAAUGAUGAUUAUGAAAGAAAAGUAUUAUCUGUAGGGAACUGUAUUUCAAGACUUUCAUUCUUAUACUUUGUAAAUUUAUAUCAGAAAAAUAUGUCUUGCCAAACAUGGAACAUUUAAUACAAUUCGGACGUUCUACGAUAUAAAAAAUUCUUCUAGUCAGUAUGAGAGCGUUUGAAAUCAUUCGUUCUGAAUUUUCGAGUAAUGAAUGCGUAUAUUUUUUCGAUUGAUUGAUAAGUGCACGUUUAUUAUCGUUUAUGAGUUUCAAUUUUUUAAAUAAUUUCAUUUUGAAUUGAGCUCUGGAAUCUUUUAAUAGUAUAUGAGAACACGUGGAGUAUGAUUUUAUUUUAUGCUUGUUUUUAUAUCGAUGAGUUUUACGAUAAAAUAAUUUUUCUUAGGUACAACGUUGAAUAAUUAAGGGAUUAAUAUUCUAUAUUUUAUUUUGCCUGUAAAUAAUAAAGAAAUAUAAUAUAUUGUCUCAUUUUUACAUUUCUUUAUUACAGAAAGACAUUAAAACGAUUACAUACUAAAUUACAUUUUGGCGUAUUUACAAAGUACAUGUCUCUGGGUUGAGGGUAUUUACGAGUACAUGUACGUACGUUUGGGAUAAUUGAAUUGUUUUUUUUUAUAGCUUAAUAAUAGAAUCUGAAUCCUCGAAAUAAUUCCUAUUUCUUCUAGAUCGGCUCAGCAAUUGGACUAAUACCCUGAUACGUAACUUGAAUCGUUAACAACUCGAUUCAACGUAAUAAUUAAUUAUCAAAUACAAUUUAUCCAAAUUCAUAUUACAAAAUAGAAAUAUAUAUAAUGAAAUUACAAAAUAUGUUCAUCUUGGAAUUAACAUAAUUUUCAUCGUGGUACCGAAAGAAUUAACAGAAUAGUUAUUGUUGAAUGAGUUAAAAAUUCAAAUAUACAAUUCUAGCAGAUGUUUACAAUGAAGAAUCAGGUGCGUAUUUAUUAAUUACGGAGAUUUAAUUUGUAUAAAGUAUAUUCAAUCAGUUGAUUUUUUUAUUUUUAGUUUUUAGUACUAAACCUUUUUGUUCGAAGAGGCGGAACUUUUAAUUUGAAAGAAAAGUCCAUUUCAAAUUAUUCCUGAGUUUCACUAUUCGAGGAGUUACUUACGACGAUGUUUCGUGUGAAUUUUCGUUUUUUUAACAAAUAUUUUUUUCAUUACACUUCACUAUUGAAGGCACAACUAAUGCAUCUAGUUAUGAUGUUUUUAAUAUUCUCAUGAUAAAUUUAUUCCCAAAAGAGAAACUAAAGAAUUCACAUCAUAAAACCAUAUUUUCCAGGUCAGCUAGUCAUAUGUCCAGUUGAAUGGCUCAACUAGUUUAUUUAAUUUACAGUCUAUAUACAAAAAUUAGUCACCAUCAGUGCACACACUUUGAGAUCGAUCAUUGCAUUGCAGUAACCGAUUUAUUAUUCAAAAAGAGUAAUAAGAAAUGUUGAAAUGUCAAUUAAAAUUUGUAUUGAAAUGACUAGUUGAAGGUGAUUAUGUUUUAAUUAUUUUUGAUUUCCUGUAAUUCAUUAUUUUUCAAUAUUAAUUAAUUAAAAUGGCGAUAUUGAGAAGUUGUUUUGAAACUGAAAAAAUAAUUUAGCAUCAAAAGUGAACACAAAUUCAUACUCACACUAUGGAAA